CCAUCAUUCGCCGUAAGCACAGCUGACACCUCAAAACAUAAACAAAGUGUGUUUUUGUGCGAAAUAUUGUGAAAACUUGAAUAAAACCUCUGAAAAAUGUCCGAUGACGAGUACUCUCACGUGUCCAAGGGAAAGCUGAAGCUAAAGAGCGAUGGGGAGGUGAGGAAGAAGAAGAAAAAGAAGAAGGACAAGGAGAAAAUGAAGGAGAAGGUCCAGACGGCAAUUGCUGAAGGCAGCACGGGCAGUACGGGCAGCGCUUCCGGAGGCAGCAAGAGAGUGUUGACCAAGGCUGAGAUGUCAUUCAAGAAGAUGCAGGAGAAGACGCAAAACAAGCGGAUUCUGGAGAAGGCUUCAAUGACGCACAAGGAGCGCGUGGAGAAGUUCAAUCAGCAUCUGGACAGCCUCACGGAGCACUUCGACAUUCCCAAGGUGUCGUGGACAAAGUAGACGUGUUCGCCUGCAAAUCUAUUUAUUUCUUCAAGUUUUCUUCAGUGUAUAAAUUACAAAUAGUUUUUAUCCUCGGAACCACUAAUCUUUCUACGUCCCCUAACAUCUUCUGAUAUGUUGCUGAAGUGCCGCCACUUCC